AUGUCCCGCGAAGCCUACCAGGUCCCCACUGCCGGCGGCGCCUCCGCGCCCAGCGCGGCCGCCUACACUUCCUACGGCACCGAGGGCCCCCAGAUGCAGUACCUCUGCGGCGACUGCGGUCUCAAGUUCCAGCUCCGUCGCGCCGAUCCUAUCCGUUGCAAGGAGUGCGGUUGUCGUAUUCUCUACAAGGAGCGGACCAAGAGAAUGGUCCAGUUCGAGGCGAGAUGA